UUGUUGUAGCGGACUCCAUAAUAUCAAUCAUUAUUGAAGCAGCACUGUUUGCUGUGGAGGUCACUGCAGUUAAACUGAAAACAAGAUUCCUGGUCCUUCAAGUGGGUACCUUCGCAAUGUUAAGGUUGAAGCUACUUUGUGGAAUGUUUCUACUGCUUUGGGCUCCAGUACGAGCAGGAGAGCCGAUACAAGCUUUUUGUGAUGACAAAGAUGUGGAGAGCGCUGUGGAUGUGGCCCUAGUAGAGCAUAAUAAGAACCUUCAACUUGGCAAUCAGUUUGCUCUUUACCAAAUUGUGUCAGCCAAAAAAGAAGGGAAUGAGUCAGGAACUGUCUUCUCUGUGGAUUUUCAAGCGAGGGAAUCUGACUGUCCAGUUGGGGGAGACAAAACGUGGAAAGACUGCAACUACCUACCCAUACAGACACCAAGCCUGUGUGAAGCAAAAGUCUACAGGAGUAACAAUGAGGGAAACCAAGAGGUGCUUUUAAUUAUGUGUGUUGCUAGAGCUGAAGAGUCAAUUGAUGCCAAAUACAUGCCCUGUCUGGGUUGCCCUGAAGUCAUCAAUACAGCAAGUGAGGAUCUGAAGGAGCCACUGGCAUAUUCAGUGGCAAAAUUUAACAUGGGCAACAACUCCACACAUCAUUUUGUGCUAAACGAAGUCCGCUCUGCAACACGGCAGGUGGUUGCUGGAUUUAGGUAUGACCUUCAGUUUGACAUGGCCAAAAGCAAUUGCUCAAAAACUGACUUCAGUGAGUUGACAGAUGAGUGUCACCGAAAUAAAGAAGACAGGGAAUUUUCUCACUGCAAUUCCACUGUGUAUGUUGCCCCUUGGCGACGUGAGGAGCCAGAAACUCAUAUUAACUGUGCACCUGGUCUUCAUGCGAAUAUCUUUUUAAAGAGGAGACCACCAGGCUGGUCGCCUUUAAGAAAAGUUCCCAGCAUGGAACUUGUGGCACCACCAUGCACAGCCCCAGCACCAGGUCCAAGUAAAAAUGCCACAGAAGACUCUUCAGAAGAAUCUCAGGAACGUGCCACGCCCACAAACUGCAAACCAGUCCCACCAUCCGAGUCCAUAAGUACAUUCAAUUGUCCAUCAAAACCUUGGAAGAGUUAUGUUCCUGCUGUUGUUCCUCCGGAGACCAGUCCUGAGCCUUCCCCUGAAGAUGGAGACCUCACUGAUAUAGACUUGUUGUAAGAAUGCAAUUUGUUGCAUUGUAAAAUGCAUGAAGUUCUAAUAAAUUCCUCAUGAAUGUUGUUUGUUAAAAAAAGAUAAUUAUAAUAAAUUAAGGAUUACAACUUAAUAAAGGUAAAAUGCAAGAAUAAAUUACCUUACUAUAUUUAACAGGUAGGAUUAUUGCUCACAAAACGCAAAUGAGCAAUUGUGAAUUUUAUGACACUUCAGUAAAUUUCCAUCAAAUUUUCUACAAACGUGUUGUUAUAUAUGUUAAAUAUAUUAAUUGUGUAAUUUUCAUUUUCAAUAAAUUUAAAACGUGCAUUUCUUAAUAAAAUAAUGUUCGGAAA